AAACUUACAUUCCACAACUCAAACCGAGUACACCAAUCGUGGAUAAAUUAAAAAGCGACAGAGCAAACGCAUUCUUGGAAACUGUACUGUUUUAAAGUCACUUUGCAACAUGGCCGAGCAAGCAAACUUGCAUCUUGAGGGAAUGCUCCCAGAACUUAAAGACCUCGAGCAGCGAGGCAUCUUUACCAAGUUGGAGAUUAAAUCAAUUGUUAAAAAACGAACUGCAUUCGAGUAUGGCAUCCAUAGAAAAAUCGUGAAAAAAGCCGAUUUCCUCAAGUACAUCGAGUACGAAAUCAACCUUGAAAGGUUACGCAGCAAGCGAAAACUACGUCUUGACCAGACGUCUGGAAAAGGAAAGAGAGGAGUUACUCUGUCAGAUUACAGUAUUGUUUGUCGAAUUCACCAACUUCAUCAAAAGGCACUGGGUCGGUUUUCAGGCGAUAUUCGACUUUGGUUACAGUAUUUUGAAUGGUGCAAGAGAGUUGGCAGUUCAAAGGCUCUUGGUAAAAGCUUUGCCAAAGCAAUCCAGCUACAUCCAACUAAGCCCAUUUUUUGGAUCCUAGCAGCCACUUGGGAAUUCGAGGAAAAUAGUGAUAUCGCAUCGGCUCGAGUUCUUAUGCAGCGUGCAUUGCGAAUCAAUCCAACCAAUCAGAAGCUGUGGAUCGAGUAUUUCAAGCUGGAGUUGCUUUGGGUUGAAAAAAUCAAAGAGCGUCGGCGUAUAUUGUUUAAAGAGGAUCUU